AUGUUCUUUAUUUGUGAUGGUUUGGAGAUUACAUCGGCAACCACAGUUCUGCCCCUCGUCAUAAAGAACGGCACUGUAAGCAACGUGGUUUUAGACUGUGACUACGUCUUGAAUGCCGACGACUACGCGUCUAACAGAAAGAAUCCAGGGGCUCUCGUUGUGAAAUGGUUCUUCAACAACCACCCGACGCCAGUGUACCAAUGGAUACACUCGAAGAAACCGCAAGGACUGGGCAUUCUGAACGGCAAGCUGAAUCUCGAGUACCGAAUCUCGGACGACAACGCGACCAUGUACCGCGCACUGCAGAUCAUCAAUCCCACGACCGAACUCUCUGGCGAAUACAAGUGCACUGUGUCUACCUUUAACGACGAGAGAUCGCAGACAAGAAAAAUGAUUGUAUACGUUCCCGAGAAGAGUUUGGUGUUGACGCAUACCAAGCUGAGUGAACACGAUGCUGUGAAUAUCACGUGUAAAGCUGAAGGCGUUUUUCCGGAGCCUCAGCUAGACAUUAACAGCAAGGAACGAACCGACACACACGAUAUGCAGUUUAAAACGUUUCCAAGAGAAGGAGUUUUCGACGCCGUGGCUUCAGUAACAGUCAACGUCUCUGACCUUGAAGAUUCGACUACGUUCGAUUGCGAACUCAAGAUACCCGAGACAAAUUACACUGUCAAGAAAUCAGUAAUCCUCAGCCCGGGUGAGUAGUACUGAAGUUGAGUCGCUGUAGUCUUCCGGUAGUUCUAAUUGACU